AUGCCGUCGGCUCACGAGAAGACCAGCCUCAAGGCGCACAGCAGCAACGUGCUGGCACAAAGUGCAGCCACAGUGGAGCAGGGGUUUGCCGCUGCGAGCACAGGCGAUGCGGCGGCGGGCGGUGACGGCAGCGACGGCGUGAGCGCCGGCACCGCGCCCGCCGCGGGGCCGGGCGACGCCGCGCCAUGCGCCAGUGCAGCCAGCGAGGCGGCUGCAACCGGCCAGGCGCUCGGCGGCGUCGGCAGCACAGCCGCUGCGCCGUCCUUUUCUGCGCCGUCUGAGGCCAUCAGCGGCGGCAGCUCACAACAGGCCGACAGCCGCCCUUGGUGGCAGCGCGACGGGCCUGUGACAGCAGGUGACCGGCCCCAGAGCGGCGGUGACCAGCGGGUGUUCACCGGAAGCUUCUUCUAUUACGGGUCACCAGACCUGCCGGAGGGCGUCACCCCAGGCACUGUGGAGGCGCGUAUAUACAACCUGGUCAACCGCUACAGUGGCGCCUUCAAGAUCAUGCACCUGCUGGAAGCCCCCGCCUUCCUACCGCUCUUUGGCACAGACCUGGUGACAGGUCAGCGGCCCCCUGCGCCCGUCCCAAACAGCUUCUGGCGCGGCGUGGUGAGGCAGCUGGAGCUGACUCAGCAGCAGCGCGAGGACGUGCUAGGCAUGCGGGGCCUGCACGCCAAGUACACGGACAGUAUAAUGGCCGAGAGGUUGCAACUGCAGGCGCGGCUGGCCGGCGUCGGCAUCGGUUCAAGUGAUGCUGGGGCCGAUCCGCUUGAGGUGGGCAGCGCGGCCGCCAUCGCCGCCAUGGAGGUGGCCGAGGCACUGGCGGCCAACAUGAAGAAAGAGAAGAACAUCACGUGA